GCCGUACACGAUUACGGACACGGCGAAUAAGUUUAUGGUCUUGAGCUGCGAUGACUUUGGCCAACUCUUGGGCUCUAGUCAAGUUGGGUCCCUCAGCAGUGGAUGUGGGUCUAUAUGCUCCAACAGUAUGGACAUGACUGAUUUAAAAUGUCCCGGUAUUGGUUGCUGCCAAAUUAUUGUUCCGAAGGGGCUGAAGUCGUACAACGUUUCCCUUAAAAGCUUUGAAAAUCGUACCCAGAUUAUGUCAAACGGCAAAUGUGGCUAUGCGUUUGUGGGAGAGCAGGAUGGCUUUCAUUUCCCCAGUCUAUCAGAUUUUUCGGACCCCAAUUUCAGGAACCGGAUACCCAUAGUGCUUGAUUAUGCGAUUGGAAACCAGAGUUGUGCUGUGGUCAAUAACUCAAAUGCAUAUUUGUGCCAACAGAAUACUUUGUGUAUUGAUAAUAUGGAGAGUGGCUUAGGAGGCACUAUAACAAAAUAG